CUCUACUCGACUCCCCUCAAGGAGAUACCGAGAGAAUGUCAACUUUUCAUACCGCCGUCACUACUAUCACUCAAAACAUACCCCUGUUCAUCCGACAACCGGCCGAAGCACUCAUAGGACAGAGAUGUUAUUCCAUUCUGGUAUAUGACUUUGAUAUCACACAUGUGGAAUGUUUGAAGUAUGCUUUGAGUAAAGGAUUAGGAUUAGGGAUAGUUUUAGGAGGAGCAAUUGUCAAAAUUCCCCAGAUAAUCACUAUCGUCAGUACCAGCUCUGCCAGGGGAUUAUCCUUAUCCGCAUAUAUCCUCGAAACUGCCUCUUACGCCAUAUCCCUAGCAUACGCCUCUCGAGCCGCUUUUCCUUUUUCGACCUAUGGGGAGAAUUUCUUCCUCACCAUACAAAAUGUCAUCAUCACACUUCUCAUCCUCUAUUUCUCACCUUCAAAGGGAGUUGCAAACAGUCCUAAACGACCUCUGAACCAUACGAGACCACGUGGAGGAUUGAGGAGGGUGUUUCCAGGAGCGGUGGUGGCGGCUGUAUUGGGUUUGUUCUUAUGGUCUGAACAAUUAUGUCCUGCUCCUCUAUUAUCUCUUCUUCAAGCUGCCACCUUACCCCUCUCUCUUCUAUCCAAAGCCCCGCAGAUCAUGUCCAACCACGCCGCCCGAUCCACCGGUAACCUCUCCGCUUUCGCAGUCUUUAACGCCCUUCUCGGCUGUUUAGCCAGGUUAUUCACCACUUACCAAGAAAUCGACGAUCCUCUAGUAUUUUGGGGUUUCUUAAGUGCAGCCAUUCUGAAUCUCGUCCUUGCCACUCAGAUGAUCAUGUAUGGUUCCAAAGGUGAGGGAUUGAUAAGUACCAAUAAAGAGGGGGACGGAGUGGGAUCGAGGACGAGUGUGGAAGAACAUGUUUUGGAGGCUCCUGGGAUAGGAAGAGUAUGGGCUAGAAAGUUGGAUUAG